UUCAAGCUGCACCAGGUGAUGCACCUGAACGAAGAUGUGCAGAAUGGCGAGUCGCCUGAAGUGCUCGAUCCGGAGCACAGGUUUCCGGUAUGCACCAUCUGCUCCAAAAGGUUCAUCAACGCCAGCAAUCUGAGGCUGCACCAGCGACGGCACAGCAACGCCAAGCCGCACGCCUGCCACCUGUGCAGCUUCCGCUUCAAGAUGGCCAAGAGCCUGGACAAGCACCUGGCCUCGCACCACAAGGAGGAGCAGCAGCGGCUGGAGGCCGGAGAGCAGCUGCAGCAGGAGCGGCAGCAGUCUCAGGGGUCUGCGGCCGGCCUGCCGGUCGCGGAGACGGGCGCCGAGGCAGCCGUCAUCAUCCUCCGCGAGGAGGAGACGGCAGCCUGA